CUUCCUGCUGCUUCGUGCCACCACUACUCUCUCGCCUUGCCACGACAGGCCGGCCUCUGCACGGUUCUUGUAUACUCUGGACUAGAACUUGGCUCUGGAUACCAUGGCAGACACCAUCUUCGAGGCUCGCCCGCCGCCCCAUAUACCCGUGGACCCCGCUGUGCUGCCUCCCCAGCUCACGCUUACAGACGCACAGCAGAAACUGUACGAUGAGGUCUUGAAGCACUUUGAGAAGGCCGACUAUGUGCUUCCUGGUGCGGAGAAUGGAGCUUUGACAGAGCAGGAGAAGUUCUGGCUGUCUUGCGAGUGUCUUCUACGGUUCCUUCGUGCCGUCAAAUGGACGAGUGCACAGGCUGCGACCAAGCGGCUGGAGGAGACCUUGAAGUGGCGGCGCGAGUACGGUUUGUAUGAGCUCAUUACGGCGUCGUAUGUUGAACCAGAGGCCCUCACCGGCAAGAUGAUGAUUUGGGGGUACGACUCUGACAAGCGUCCAGCGAUAUACCUCCGCCCUAGCAAACAGAACACGGAGGAGAGCAUUCGUCAAGUGCACUAUGUUGUUUGGGCGCUGGAGCGUCUCACAGAGUUGAUGGGUCCGGGCAUAGAGACGCUCGCACUCAUGGUAGACUUUGCUGACCGCGCGAAGAACCCUUCCCUUGGUCAGGCACGAACGGUGCUCAACAUCCUUCAAACCCACUACCCUGAACGGCUCGGCCGCGCGCUCGUCGUGAACGUGCCCUUCCUCGUGAACGCCUUCUUCAGGCUCAUCACGCCCUUCAUCGACCCGCUCACGCGCCCCAAGCUGCGCUUCAACCCGAACUGCCUCGCCGAGGGCCUCUUCCCGCCCGAAGAGCUCAUUGCCGAGUGGGGCGGGUCCGCGCACGUCGAGUACAAGCACGAACGCUACUGGGAGCCGCUCGUGCGCAUGUGCGCGGAAAGGAGAGAGCGCCUGUGGGAGAAGUGGCGCGAGGCGGGCGCGAAGGUGGGCGUGGGGGAGUGGGAUGUGAAGUGUGCGCUGGAGCUGGAAGGCGCGAAGAAGGAAGUGUCUGCGCCUGUGGUUGUGGCUGCUGAAGUCGCGAAGGAAGAAGUGGCUGCGCUUGUAACUGCUGAGGUCGCGGAGGAACCUGAGGUUGCAAAGGAGCCCGAGGCGGCGGUUCCCUCUACCGCCGCGGCGGCCUAGAGGUUCGGACCUAGUGUUCACGAAGCGCAGAGGAUAUAUAGUAGAACGUCUAUGGUGAACCACAGCCUUAAUCAGUUUAACAUUGC